GUUCGAUCAAAGUUGUUCCUAGUUGUAAUAAUAAAACGAAUCAUAAUUAAAUUUUACUUUACCGUCCAAUACUUUCUUAUGUUUUACUAUGUAAAUAUAAGAUCUAAUUUUUUCGAUUCUACCAGCGUAUUGUUUUUGUGAAUUAAAAAAAAAAAAAAUGUCCGACGAUCACAUCACAUCAAACACUGCAGCAAAAAGCAAUCAAAAUGCGAAUUAUUACGAUGAGCACCAAAUGGACCAAACGGUUAGUACUUAUAAAUAGUUAAGAUAACCAUAAUUUCAUAACGCGAAUCCGGGACGAAUAGAAAAAAUAGCAAAUAAUAUUAGGCUAAAAUUACGAUUGAAUCAUAUUACGAGUAAAAACCUAUAUCCGUAUACCUGAAAUCUAUUUAUAUUCAAAAAAACCGACUUAUAAUUUUAUCAACAAAAACAAUACAUCAAAAAUUGUAUUUAUUUUUGUGUAGAUUAUAAAUUUACUAUAAAAAGAAUACAUAUUCAUUUUUUUUUUUAAUCGUCAAAAAAAUUGUUAUAAAACAUACAAGUAAUAAAUAGUUAUUACAGGUACGUAUUAUUUAGAUACUUUAUAAUUGUUUUAUCCCGUAUUCGAUAAAAAUCGUAUCGUUAACACUCGAUUACAGUUGCGUAUUAUUCGAAAAAAUGUCGAAAUUAAAUAUUAUAAUUUUUUCUCAAAACCGGAACAUAUUGGCGUGCCGUCAUUUAUUUUCGGGAUACCGGUACACCAAGUCAAAAACCGGUGACAAUCCUGGUGGUUUUCCGACAUAAUUAAUGUCUAUAUUAUUCUAUAUUUAUAUAGUAGGUAAAACUGCAGUGUAUCUUUGGCCCUUGCUUCUAAUCAAAUUCCAGGAAACCCACUUAGACGGUUGAAAGGGCAAUAGUAUAGAGACUUGCUUUCUCUUUAGUAAUUUCCUUUUAAAGGUGUCGCCAUUGGACGGCUGCCUUUUUACUCUAUUAAAAAAAAAUACCCUUUUUUUUUACAUUUUUAUAUUAAUAAAAAAAAAAAAAAACUACCUUGUAAGUAACUAUUUGUUUAAAAACUCAGUUACCAGAAAAUAGCGAAUAAACCCUUAUGAUUUCUUAUCUUGAAUUAUGCUUCUUACUAUUAUGCAUAAUUAAUAAAUUAAUUUGAUCGGUUAUAGAUACCGCUAGUCCGUGGAUAUUCGAACCGCGGCAAUUGACGGCCGAUUUUAAUAUUCUAUUGGUAAAAUUUGUUUUGAAUUUUCAUUGAUAAUUUUUACGAAUAUCUACGGCUACAUCAACUUCGAACAUCGACGGUAACGUCGGUAGCAAAUUAUUUAGUAACCAAUAUUUAUAAAAUAUAUGAUUAGUUAUUAAUUUAUUAUCAACCUAUCUAUUUUUUUUUUUUAUUUUUUUUUUUAAAUAAAUAAUAAAAAUCUAUAAUUUCCUACAGGUUACCGAAAUGGUAUCAGCAGAUAUACCAGAAAAUAAGAUGAUUGUUUUGGACCAGAUUACAGCAGGUAGGCAAAUACAAUCGUACAUUCAUAGAAUCCGUUGUUAAUUUUUUUUAAGAAAAUCUGAGAUUUUUAAAUAAUACCCACCUGAAAUCCAGAUGGUCAGCAUAAGUAAAUACUUGGGAAUUUUCAAAGUACAGGAGGGUCCAUAAAUCGGCACAAUGCGCGUCUUUGGUUUGUCUAAUCUUCUAAAUGUAUAAAUAUAUCGAUAAGUUAUAGUUAAUCAGUGAUCUCAAAAUAGAAACAUUUUUUUUAGAUUCUGAGUGAAGCGAGGAAUAUAUUGGUUUUACAAUGAUUUUUUUUUAUGUUAACACUUUUUCUACCAGAAAGGAUACUCCGAUUAUCAAGUAUAGCAUCUUUUUUGAAAAGAAAUGUUCUCUGGGUGGUACUUUAGAGAGGUCAUUUUUUGAAGAUUUCAUUAAUAUUUGAGAUAAUGAGAAAAACCUGGUUCUUUAGUUUAAAAAAUAUUGAAAGAUUAAAAACAAGGUUGUCAUGGAAACGCACAUUUUUGUAAUUUUUUUUAUCUAAAUAUGGUAUAUACCAUACAACAGUACAAUAGUUGUUGACAAAGCAACACUAUCAACUGAACUCAGCCCAGAAUCAUUUGUUCGUUAGCAAUGGUUUAUCGUUGCUUAUAGAUACAUUAAAUUUCCGUCUGUAUCCUACCUUCCCAACUUCCCACCUACAAUGGCUGCACCCACGUGCGAAGUAUGUUCGUUCUUUUUUUGAAUAUUUUAUAACCGUCUUCUUUCGAGUAUAAAAUAUAAAUACAAAUGAAUGUCAUGCAUACAUCAGCAAUAGUGGCUUGAAGAAUCUUUAACUCAAAUCACCGAUAUAAUUUUCUACCCACUCACUCUGACCUAAAAAAUACCCCAUCCUACUAGAAAUGCAUUGAAAUUUGUUGAUUUCAAUAAAAUUCAUCAAAUUUCCGUAGUCUAAAAUUCUUUAAAUAACUUGUUUCGUUUAAGCAUAAUAAUUUUUGUUAUUUUUCUGAACACUCUGGUGGGUACCCACGAUCCACCAACCCGGUCUUUUGUAAAUCACGUAAUUCAAAUAUACCUCCUUCGAGCCACCACCGCAGUACAUCAGUAUUUGAAAAUAUAUAAACUAUAUAAUUUUUUAAUGUGUUUAAAAAGAAAAGUUGACUCCAGGCAUAUAAUAUAAUAUACUACAUAUUAUUAUUAUUAUUAUUAAAUUAUCAAUAGAUAGUAAACGUUAAAUUUGUUUAAGACCUAUCAUAUAAAAUAAAAUUGGUUUGGUAUUUCGUCGAAUUCUAUAAAUUAAUUUUUAAUAAUAGUUAAUAGGUAGUAAAACCAAGUAAUAAUAUAUGGUUCUUAUAUUUAGUAAAUACAGCUUGAAAUAUUUCGCUAUCCACUGAAAUCGGAUAACAACACGGUUUCCGCAACAAAAGUACAUCAUAUUAAUAAUAAUUCUUAUUAUUUUAUAAUAUUAUUAUUGAAUACAUAAUAUUUUGAACUAUAAGUUUGAUAAUAGCGUUAGGGAUUUUUAUUCGGUGAUUUACGGGCUAAAUUGCAUUACUUAGAACAUAUAUAUUUCGGCAUUUAGGUUAAAAUUAGAUCCACAUGAAAUAGUUGCAGCUGUAUAAAAUAAGUAAGUAAAGUUCAUUUUACGAGCAAACUAAGUUCCCAGUUUUAAAUGUAUUUUAAACAAUAAAUUAUAGUUGCAUGUACAAUUUUAAUAGAAUAGAUAGUAACCUAGUAUAUCUUAAGUUACCUUAUUUUAAUUUCACCUUGUUAAUAUAUCUAAAAAGUACCUUAUGUACAGAAACGUAUGUGUAGAAACGUAAAUAUCUAUAUUACAAGAAUUUAUGAAAAAAAAGCCAAUUUAUUUAUUUCAUUAUAAUUAGCUACAUUAAGUGUUAUUAAUUCUAUAAUAAUAGUAAUAGCAUUUCGUACUUUUAUAAUAGAAAUAAAUGUAUUAUUAUUACUGUUUACUGAUGCCUUAUAGAACAAUUUUUUAAUAUUGAUUAAUAUUGAUUGUUUAAUGUGUAUUUUUUUUGUUUUUAUUUUUACUAAAAACUUUAUUUAACUUAUUUUUAACUUCAGUAACUUUUCUAGUGAGAAAAUUAAUAGUUGGUUGGGGAAAACAAAAAAAAAUAAAAAUACAAAGUAUACAGAUUUUUUUAUUCCAUGGCUUUUUUUACUUGGGUUUUUUUUUUUUUUGAUUACCAUAUUACAAAUAUUAAUAAGUACUCAUAUUUCAACAAAUAAUGAUAAUAAUAAUAUGACGAAUUUGUAUUUAAAUUAAAAAUAAUAAUAAUAAAGUUACAAAUCAUAUGUAAGGAACGCUUUGUAAUGUACUGAUAACUACAACGGGAAUAUAAGGGAAUAACAAGACAACAAAUGACGAUGCAUUGGUUUUAUUUUUGUUGAUUUCUAUAUUACCUUGGUCACAAUAACGACCAAUACUAAAUCAAUAUCAGUUGCCAAUUACUAUAUAACAUUACCAAAUCACACUAUAUUAUGUAUUUAUAUCCUAUACUUUCCAAACUUCUUACCUACAACAUGGUACGAAGUAAGUUCUGGCUGUUCAGCAUUUUUCACAAUUAUUACGAUUAAUAUAUAUAAAGAUAAAGAUUUAUACAUUAUAGGUACUUUUAGGGAUGGAUUAGACUAUCGGGCAAUCGAGAAUUCCCAAUGGGAUGCUUGAUAACGAAUUAGAAUGGGCUGAUGGAUUACAGAUUGUAAUAUUUUUUAUUUUAAUAAAAAAAAAAAGAAAGUAAUGCAGAAGUAAUUUCACAGUAAUUUUUUUCUCAAGAAAUAUGAAAAAACCGGGAAAAACAUGAGAAAAUCAGGAAAAAGUACGAAAAUCGGUACAAUAAUAAACAAAUAUUAAAGAAAAUAUAUAAUACCUAUUUAAUUAUUUUAUUUACAAGGUGAUGAAGUAAAGAAGUAGAACUUAUUAAAAUAUUUGGGUCUACUGAAGGCUCAUGUAAGAUCAACUUCAUAUAGUUUGGAACUAAUGGAAGAAGAUGACAUUGAAUCUAAAAUUAGUCUUGAACCCCAAAAUGUAAAUUGUGAUUUGCAGAAACUAUGUUUGUUUUUAAAAUAUUUUACGAAAAUUAAAUUUGUAUUGUGAUGCAUAUUCUAAUUUAUUUUUGGCAUCUAAGUGUUUACUUACUUACUACACAAGUGUCUUGUGAAAGGCUUUUUUCGUUUUUGAAAAAUUUAAAGACAAGGCUUCGCAGUCAACUAUCAAAUACCUACUAAGUUAGAAGCAUUUAUGUUAAUGGCUAUAGAAAAACAGAAAUUAACAUUAUUAGAUUCUUAUAAAAUUAUUGAAGAAGUUCAAAAAGAAAGAAAAAAAAAUUAUCAUUAUAAAUUACUAACACCAUUAUUUAAAUAUGUUAAAAAGGUUUAUGUAUUAUAUUAUAUUGUGUAUUCAAUUAAUAUACCAUAAUGUAAUAUAUAUAUAUAUAUAUAUAUAUAUAUAUAUAUAUAUAUCAAUAAAAAAGGACGGACAUAUUUCGUACGUGAAUGCAGCCACUGUUGUAGAUGUGAGGUUGGGAAGGUAAAAUACAGUCGGGAAUUUAAUGUAUAUCUGUAAGGAAGUAGCUACGUCAAACCGUUGCUAACGAAAAAACAAUUAUGAGCGGAGUUCAAUAGAUAGUGUUGCUUUGUUAGCAAUAUUAUGUCAUAUGUCAUUAUGUUAAAAUUAUAUGAUUACAAUGUGUGUUUCCAUGACAACAAUGAUUGUUUAAAAAAUAUUAAAAUAAUAAAAACUUAUUAACAAAAACUAAAUAAAAACCGUUUUUUAAUUUUUCAAUCUUCUUUAACCUAAAGAACUAGGUUUUCCACAUUGUCUUGAAUAUUAAUGAGAAUUUCAAUUACUUCCAGUACGAUCCAGAUAAAAUUUCCUUUCAAAAAAGAUGCUAUACUUGAUAAUCGGAGUAAGCCUUCUAAUAGAAAGUGUUCACAAAAAAAAAAAUAAACAUCAUUAUAAAACAAAAACAUUCCUAAGAAUGUAAAAUUGUAAUUGAUUAAAAAAAUUGAUUUGAGCAACAAGAUACACUUGCAGGUUGUCCCCACGCUCUCCUCCCAAAUAUGGGCCGCUACAUAUUAAUUUUCCCGGACCGGUCUAAAGUUCUAAUCCGUCCCUGAGUAAUUUAUGUAGUUACAUAAUACAAUAAACAAGGUAACGGUGUUAGGCUUCAAUCGUAUUUCUUAAUCAUAUAAAAUAAUAAUUAAUAUUUAUUAAUAAUAAACCUAUCUAUUUGUUGGGCAUUAGAUCGUAAAAUCAAUGAUAAGCAAGAUGUUACAUUGGACGAAAAGUUGAUGAAUUUACGCGUGCAAACUUUACGUAAUUAUGAUGAAAUUAUAAACAGCGUUGACAAACUAAAAGAAGACAUUAUCGUAAAAGACAUUAAAAUAUCUGAUUUAAACGAAAAUCUUCGUUCGAUUCAAGAAGAAAAAAAUCGUAUUAUACAUUUAGUCCAAGAACAGUUCUCUACCGAAUUAGUUAAUACAACAAAUUUCAGUGAUGACCACGAAGAGUUUGGUGAUUCGCGAAAAAACGAAGAAUUAUACAAUGGCAAAUUAUUAAUUUCCGUACUAAUCAAUCAACUCGAUGAAGGAUCCAGUAAUUUCGAAAUCAAAGACUAUCUAUUGACCGAUUUAAUCAAUAUGUUUGCAAGAUCAGUUAUAAAUAAAGAAGAACAAUUAGAAGUGUUUAAUAAGAGUUUAACUCAAAACAUCAAAGAUGAAAAUCGACAGCUAAUUAAAGAAAUUGAUGAUCAAAAAGAAUGGCAAAAACACUUGGAAAAUGAAAACGAAAAACUGAAUUCCAAAAUUGAAAAAUUUCAACGUGUGCAAACGGUUUUGAUGAGCAAAGAAAACGAGAACAACAACAUCAAAGAAAAUUAUUUGAAAAUACAAUGUAUGUACGAUGACCUGCGUGAGGAAAAUGCACAUUUAAAAAUGUUGGUAAACAGUUAUAAACACCAAUUGACAAAAAAAGAAAUGAAAUGUGUUGACGGUGAUGCUCUGAUAAAGACACUUCAAUUAAAUUUAACAGAACAGACGAAUAACUACAAACAAGCGAUUACUAUGCAUAAUAAUGAAAAAGAAAAAUGUCAAGAAAUCCAAUAUCACAUGCAACAAAUGAUUGACGAAUUUACCACUCGGAUCCACGAGAAAAAAAUCAUCAUUACUUCAAUACAGGACGAGUGUUCUACGCUGAAAGGCCAAAUCGGUUCUGCUGAAGCAGAAAUCGAAAAUCUGAAACAUAAUAUUAUCACACUUGAAUAUGUGUUAAACGAGAAAAAUACAACUAUUCAACACUUAUUAAAAAAAACGAGCGAAGAGCAAAACACUAAAAAGUCUUUGGUGCACUUCAAAGAUAUGCAGAUUUUGAGGAAAUUAGUAGAACAAAUGAACAUUAUACGAAACGACUUGUUCGUCUGUAAGGAAAAAUUAUUAAAUAACAAUGGUUUGAUGAACAGCAUGCAAAUUUUGAUAGAACAACAAUGUACAGCGAGGACAGCUGAAAACGAAAAUAAUAAAUUAACAGAAAAUAUCAAUCGAGAGAACAUAAUUUUAUUGAAAAACUUGCAGAGGGAAAUUGAUUGUUUAAAGAUAAAACAUAAUUUAAAAAUAAAAAAUCUAACUGGUAUGCAGUAAGAUUGUUAAUAUCUGUUUGUUUCUAAGUGGUUAAUAUAUUAUAGAAGUUUUUAUUUUUCAGACACAGAGGUUCGUUUAAAAAAUGAAAUUCUAAGUUUAGAGAAAAAUUUAAAACUGAAGAGUUCGCAAAUAGUCUUAGUCGAAAAAAUAGCACAUUUACAACUAAGUGAAGCUUUUACCAUGAUAGAAAACUUAAGAGAGGAAAGUAAAGUAUGUAAUCAUCAAUCAAUUCAACAUUUCCAAUUAUUAUUUGUAUGGCAUAUAUAAUACAUUUAUUUUUGAUAGGUAUAUAAAUAAUUUUAAACAGAAUUAGGAUCUGUUUUUCUAUGUGUUGUGAAACUGCAAAUUAAAAUAGGGAAACUCCUAUAAGUCAUUAACCCCACCCCUAGGCAUCUAAAACUUCAUGAUCAUAAAUCAUAAUAUUACACACAUAGAUUGGUACCUACAUUUUGAAUCAAGAAAAAUAAACUUUGAAUAUAUAAAUAUAUUGUAUAUCAAAAUAUAUUUAAAUAAUGUUUUGAACAUUUGAGUAAAAAAUAAUAAUUUUGAACAUAACAUUUAUACAAUGACUAGUAACAAAAUAUAUUAUAUAAAAUUUACUAUUGUUACCCAGUAAGUUGUGUUCAAUUUUAUUUUUAGUUUGUAUUGUUACAAUUUCAUACUUCUAUAAUCUUUAAAUCAACUAUUCUCUAUUCAUUUAGUGUUUAAAACAAAAAAAAUUGAUAGAGAAUAAUAUAUUAAUUACUUAAUACCUAUGUUAUCCAUUCUUGAACAAUACGAAACGUUAGUAAGUUAUGAACAAUUAAUAGAUAAAAUAAUAUUUUAUAAACAGAACUCAUGAUGCACAUUAUAUUUUAUUAUCCGAAGAAAUAAGAACCAUCAACUGACUUUCGAAAAAAAUGUAUUCAUGAUUUUCAUGUAUAUAGGCAUUCAUAAUGAUUUUAGCUAACAAAAAAACUUCCUUAAAAUUAUCACCGAAAGGACUAAAAAUAAUGACUGUUGUAUCCUAUAGAGGUGCAGAGAUCCUAUUUACAAGUGCAAUACUUCCAGAUGACCGCUAUAUAGUGUAUAUGUUACCAGCAAUAUUGAUAUUCCGGCGUUAUUUAUAAUUCCAAAAAAACACCAGCAAAUAAACACUAUUAAUAUAAUGACAAGUAUUGACCUAUUCAUAAUUAAUAUAAAAACAUGACAUAAUAUACAUAAUGUAAAUUUUGAUUAUGAUUUGAUGUUUUAUCAUAAUCGUGAAUAAAUUCUUGAUUUGUUGUGUAGAACCACAUCGAGUAGGUAACAGAGAAAAGUCAAAAAGAUUCUAAGUGGAACUACAUACAUGUUUUUACUUUGCAUAAAAUAAAUUUGGUAUUUUAUAAAAUACCUAGGUAAUAUUUGAAAUAAUAUUGUAUAUUAUAGAUUUUAUUCAUAUUACCUAACAUUGAAGUGUUACUAUGUACAAUUUAAAAUUAAAAAGUUGUUGCAUAUUUGAGUUUAAAAUAAUGUGUAAUGUAUAUUAUAAAUAUGUAUUUAAAUUUAAAAAAAUUAAACAAUAUUAGUUUAUUUUAAAUUGUUAUUAUUUUUCGAACAAAUUUUUUAAAAACUAAUUUCUGCUGUUUUUAAUAAUUUAAAAAUUGUGAUUGUCCGCUGUAUAAAGGUAUUAAUGUAUUUCUCCUAUAGCACUUGAUGAUCGAACCAAAAAAAAAAAAUGACCAUUAACUUAAGUUCUACAGUAUUAUGAAUUUUAAUAAUUAAUUUUACAUUAUUAAUAUUUUACUGAUUUUUUAAUUGCAGGAACUAAAAUUAAACAAUAUAAUCCUCAAAGCACAUAAUGUGGCACAACCAUCAACAGUUAUUAUUAUUGAUAAAAAAAUACAGGUAAAUAUAAACAAGUUUAUAAGUUGGUUUCUAUCACAAUAAUAAACAAAUUGAAUGUGUAUUUAAUAUUAUAAACAUUUUUAGCAACAAAUGAAGGGUUUGAUCUAUUUGGUGAAAAAACUUAGAUAUGAAAAUAAGAGGUUGAGAAAAUUAGCAAACUAAAAUAUUGUGAAGUUUCUAUGAGUAGGCUUUUCCUGUAUAAGAAUAUUUAAUUUUGUUAUAUAAUAUAUAUCCUAUACUAAUUAGGCUAGUUAUAUUUAUGUAUGUAUUUAACUAAAUUUAUUUAGUUUAUUUAAUUAUUUACUAUACAAAAGUUCCUAAUUUAAUUUAACUGUGCAAUCAUUUGUAUAAGAUAUUUAUAUUAAAAUUAUUAAUUUUUAAUAAUAAUUAUUCCUUAAAUUAUGUGUAUAUAAUUUACUGUUGUUUACUUUGUUUU